AUGGUAAUGAUUGUACUUUGCCCCUUGCCCUCCGAUAUCUUUGUGCCGAAGCCCUCCGAUGAAGGCCUACGACACGUCUCACUCUGGCGAAAUGGAGAAUGUUCUCAUGGACGUGGCUUGGUCUAUUCACCAUCGUCAUCUUUUCAGCCUUGUUCAACCUUCUGGCCUGCUGAAAUGAGGCACUCUCGCAGGAAGAAACAAGCGCGUGUGAAAGGCACUUCGCGUAAGAAGUUGCGUAGCAUUCAACGGCUCUGGUGUCUAACGAGGGUCUAUUCAAAAACAGAGGCUCAUGCUUCAUCGCCGAGUGCUCGUCAGCACGAUGCUCACGAUAAUGACGCCUCUGCCUCCGAUACAGCCGACUCAGACUAUGCCAGUAACCUGGAUCUUAUUCAGGUGAACCUCAAACGCUUUCCCGCUCGUAUGGGCUGCCUCAUCGAACACCUGCCACACAUGGAUCCUCCACCAGACGUCGUCGCCAUCCAAGAUCCUCCACCAGAAUUCGGUUGGAAAUCAUGCCCAGGCUACAAUAUUGAGUAUCUCCCGGCAAGGGAGCCUCUGGAGAAAGACAAUCCGAAAACGACAGAAAAUCCAGUUUUAGUCCAGCUCGUUGGCUUUCAUGUUAUCCAGUCGAUUGAUCCAAGCGAGUGGAGGAUUGACUGGCGGGAACACGAGAACAAGCACUUUAGCUCGGUAGCUUCUUUGUUUCUCAAUCCCCCCAUGCGAUCAUCGUCCCUCCAUAUCAGAGUCUCAGUUGAGCCCAACCGAGACAAGGAGCCACGCUUCAACUGGGAGAGAGCAAACGAGGAGAGAUACUGCGAAGAAGUCGAGAAGCAAUUGCGUACGAUCGGCUUCCCAGAUAUCCGAACUCUGGAUGCGGUUCAUGAUUACGCCAAAGCACUUGUUGUAGCCAUCUACCAAACUACUCAUGACAUUGACUUUUGCCAGCCAUUCGUGUUCGACAAGGAGUCUGACUACCAUUCACAAGGGGACGACGUGGCCGGUGGAGGUUCAGAUCUCUCAACAACAGCCACCACCAUCUCGGUUGUCUUUCGAUCGUGUGAGGCUGGUGCCCUGUUGGAUCAGCAACGUCACUGUUUGACAGAUCCGAGUUUUAAUACUCCCAUCUUCUUCAACCUUGCCGGUGCCAGACGGGAUAGUUGGAAACCAUCGUCAGUCUACCAAGGUCGACGAAAAGCUAGGUUACAGUUUCUGGAUACUGCUGUGGACAAGCAGAAAGGGGUACUUCAUCAGGGUUCCGAAGAAUACAGGGUUGCUCAAACACCCUUUUAA